GUCACAGACCUCACCGUGGUGGGCUGGUGAACAUGGAAUGGAAUAUUCUUCCUCCUUAAAAGCGGUGGAAUUCAUCAUCCCCAAAUUUGUUAUAUCAUAAUUUUGUAAUAACGUAUAACCAAACAAUACAGUACUGUACAGUAAAUUUGUCAAUAUUUACAGUACAUUUUCUUUGAUUUGAGCUACGUAUCAUACUACAAGUCAGAAUUUGUUCAUUAUUUAUCAUGGUUAUCCUUUACCCGAAUUCUAUUCCAUGGCCAACAUGUGACUUAUAUAUAUAUAUAUAUUUUAUAAUUAAUAUGCACCAUCUUGUAGGAUAGUCAUACACGGAAUUAAAUUUUAAAAAAUGCAUGCAAAUCAUUUAAUAUAUAAUAACAUUAAUUUAUAUACCAGAACAAACUUAUUUUUAAUGUAUGAGGCAUAAAUUGAUGAAUGAGUCUUAAUGAACGGUCGCUACUUUAACGAGCUUGUCCUGAUGAUGUGUUGUUAAAAAAAUACCUUUACUUCACAAUUAAAGUAAAAGAAGCGCAGGAGGAAUGUAAUUAAAUCGAGUAGAGGAAUGGAGAAUAAAUUCAGUUGUGUGAGUUAAUACAUUUUAUGGAUAUUCUUUUGUCUAGGACUUUGAGCCCAUUCAUAAGUUGUCAGUUUCUCCAGCUAAGCUCGUCGUGGGGGCCAUCCAUUCAGUUGUUGCCUAACCUCCACAGUGUAAACUCAAUGACCGAGCAACGUGCUUGCGUCUACAUUAGACAUUUAGAAUGCAAUCUUAAGCUCUUAAACCGUUUGUUUAUCCUACCCAACACCAAUUGAGCAGCUACAGGAGCAUGGAUGAGCCACCGUCAGCAUCUAGAGAAGGAAAACCACACCAGGAAAACUAGACCGUAUUUUAGGACACCCCGAGGCAAGUUGUAUACACGUGGGAGAGAGUAUUUUCAUGCGUCUUGCUGCUGCUGGUCCUGGACCCUUGUGGCUAGGUUUGGCUUGGUGUCUGUGCGAAUAACUACCGCGGGAGGUGAUUUAAAGACACCACAAUACUUUAUUGAUUAAUCAGUAAAUAUUCUAGAGUCUAGAACAUCAGGAUUAAAGUAAAUUCGAAAGUAUACACAUAGAGAAGCAGGAUACACGAACCAUUUGAACGGUGUUUGUCGCGGUGGAGCUUCAUGUUUCUACGCUAUAAUGCAUGUUAUGAGAAACUGACGCCGUGGCGAAAUAUUAAUGCUAGUGUGAAUGUUUUAUAACAUACGAUGGAGAUAAAAUCUUAAUAUUCAUGGUGAAAUUUAUCUUUCAAACUACAUCAAUUUGUGUGACAACAGGUAUGAACAGAUGACUACCACACCCGCCUGGGUUACAUGGGUCGUUACUUUAACAAUUCAAAUGAAUAAAUGCAUAUUAUAUACCAUCCUUUGCCAUAAAUAAUAUACAUUUUAUGAAGGGUUAUAAUAGAUUGAACACAAUGAGCUCAGAAUUGGAAAAUAGGUAACUAAAGUUAUCCUGCCGGAGACACUGAAGUGUAUUACUACCAGAGGGUACACAAUGCAGAGAGUGCGCUGUCGCCAUCCCCGCCCUCCUGCAUGCUGGCAGGUGGGUGUGCUGACGUGCCUGGUGCUGUGGGCGGUGCUGGGUGUGGUUCAGGAGGACAAGGUGCCCAUGGUGAGACAGGAGAGUUACCUGCAGGCAGCGGGGCGUGACUCUAUGAACCCCAAGCUCCCUCUCUCGCCAUCCACUCCUAAGGUCGACUACCCCGAGGGCCAGGACGACACUGAAGACCCACAGUGGACUCCAAGAAGACUGCAGCAGCUGCUGGAGGAACCGACGACUACCUGCCGGCGACUGACCAACCUCGGGGGAAGUAUCUUGUGUGAGGACUGUCAGACCUGUCUCAUGGACGGCAACAAGUACAUUUGCUUCGAUCCCGAUGUGAGUCCGGUGCCUGGAGACUGCCUGGUGUAUUCCUUUGGCGUGGGGGGCGAGAUGUCGUGGGAUGCGGCCAUGAGACACCUCAACUGCUCUGUCUUCGCCUUCGAUAUGACCCUCGUGGGCUGGGGCAACAAUAUGGUCUUCGAAGGCCUCCACUUUUUGGACCUCGGCCUUGGUAGCUUCAACUCUGAUGACACAAUUAACAUGACGGCAGCUGACGGCAAUGGUAAAAACUGGACAUCGAGAAAGGCGCACUUUCGGUCAUUGGAGUCCAUCAGGGAUAUCUUGGGACACAAGAACCGGCCAAUCGAUGUUCUCAAGAUGGACAUAGAGUUUAUGGAGUGGAGGGUGUUGGCGGACCUCCUCAGCCACCCUGACAAGUUCCGGGCUCUGCAGGACGUUAGACAGAUAGCCCUUGAGAUACAUUUGGACGGGCUGAGGAACUCUACAGGUACGGAGCGCGUAGUGGAAGCUAGGAAGGUGGAGGCGGUGCUGGAGGGCCUCCACACUCGAGGCUUCCACCUCGCCCACACCCAGCUGAACGUCGCUCAACAGGUUCAUGCAGAGGUGCGAGGCCAGGUCUUGCCCCUUUACCGAGAAUCGCUCUUUCUUCGUCGACCGUGAUGGUGCCAUGCAUAGUCUUCCCGGCUUGGUGUCUUCUUAACUUCCAAUAAUAUUUACUCGCGACCGUGACUACCAACCAGGUGUAAUGCUGCUCAUCGUGUGUGAAUCAUAACUUCUUUUUUGUUUCCAUAUGCCUGUCCAUUAAUGUACAAUCCUAACAAAUAAAUCUCCAAAAACUA